AACUGAUGGCCGGAUGCCCCAUGACUGACACGACGCGCUGAGCCAUUGAUUGACUGAAGGAGGCAGCAUGAAAAAUACGCACGCACGCAGCGCAAGAGGUCUGUCCACGCCAUCCAUGUAUGUUCAUUCGAGCGGGACGUUCCACAGGCGGACGGUCUGGUCCCUGUCCAAAGACGCAUGGUAACAGUCACAGAAAGAGACGCAACCCUGCUCAUGGUUUUCGCAUACCAUGACGACGUGAGCAGGAGGGCCUUGCCGUCAGACACCGUCUCCAGGCUGCAAUCUGGACACACACACGCACACACACACACACAGGCACACACAAGACAGUCAAGUGUUUGCGUGUCUCUCGCUCUCUCUCCCUCCCUCCCUCCCUCCCUCUGUGUGUGUGUGUGCCUACCCGACACGAGGUCUUUGUGUCCGGCGAACAUCAUGUCGGCGCCGAUCUUCUGCACGUCUGUCAGAGACGACAGGUGGCUCUCCAACUCACUCUGACGCUUCUGCAACCACACCCAGAGGUGACAGAAAAGGAAGAAGGUGUCCGUCUUGCCUUGCUGUCGGCGCAUGUGUGGUGGGUGUGGGUGUGGGUGUAUCGUGGGUGAGUGGGUGACCUGCAGGUCUUCCAGGUCGGCCCUGAGUUUCUUUAGGUGUUCGAUGUCAACCUGAUGCACCGCACCCACAUCAAGCAGAGACGAGAAGGACGAGGGCGUGGGUGUGUGUGUGUGUGUGUGUGGUGGCGGACCUCCUGCCCCUGUGCGUAUUUCCUCUCCUCCUUAGCCAGCAGCUUCUGGGCAAGACCGACCUGACACACACACACACACACACAGAGACACACACACACAGUGACUCUGGCUGCACCUUCGCGAGUGUGUGUGUGUGUGUACUCUGUCUUCGAUGGAGUGUUUGCGUUUGAAGAGCACCCGCUUCUCGUCCACCUUCCACAGACGGGCGGACCCAUCUACACACACACACACACACACACACGCGCAUGCACACACACACUCUCACACCUUUCCGUCAACGUGCAUUGGUACCAUCAAUUAACGGUGACCUGACCUGCACAGGUGGAUACGAAUCGCGUGUAGUCCUGGGAGACUGUCAGAGACCUCACGGGGCUGGAGUGGCCUGACGAAGCAACCCAGCCACAUGGCAUCGCAUGAAUCACCGGUGAGGUACAGGCAGGCAGAGCAGUGUGGGUGUCUCCGGCACACACCGACAUAGACGAGGCUGGGUCUGUUGCCCUCGGGGCCCAACAUGCGCAGGUCAAACUUGCGGAUCAGGUAGUCCUGCGGGCCGACAGAGACAGAGACAAAGACAUAGACAAUCCUGCCACCCCGCAUUGCGUUGCAGUGUGUCGCACCCCUCCGGCGCUGAUGAUGGUGGUGGGAUUGAUCAUCAGGAGGGCGUACACAUACUUGCCCCCAUGAGCCUCCUUGAUGCGAAACGCACCGGAACUGCACGGCACGCAACAUAGCCAGCCAACCAGCAAAGGCAUGUGUGUGGGUGAGUGAGCCUUGGCGAGAGCGAUGCACGGAUGCGCACCCUCUGUCAGCCCCAAGGUCCAUGACCAUGAUGGACCCGUCCCGUGAGGCCGUGGCGAUGAGGUUGGUUGAGGGCGACGGCCCGCUGCCCUUGGAGGGAGCAGCGGUGCCGUCCUCACGCACGUCACCCAUGCAGAAACGACAACACUCAACUGAUGGGUGGACGGAUGAAUGAAUGGCGACACACAGAGAGGGACUGUGUAUCUGUGUCGCCUCCUGUUCCGGUGUGUGCGAUUGUGUGGUUGCACUGACCGACGUCCGAGUGUGGCUGCAGCGCUACCACGGGCUUGCUCACGUUCACGUCAUGCACACGCACACUCCCGUCUGCAAACAACACAACAGGCAGACGACCAGCCAUGUCGCCCACCCCCUUCGCUACCGGACUGUCUACCUUUGCCGCCGGUGAUGGUGUGUGUGUUGGUGGGGGCAAAGGCACCGUGGUACACCGCACUCGGGUGGCCGUCAAGAUGGCGCAGCAAUGUGGCUGGAGAUAAGAUGCCAUGGAGAGAUGCACCAAACAUACAGCCCAGCCUGCCGUCUCCCUCUUCGUCUUGGUGUGUCACCUUUGUGUGCGUCCCAGACGGCUGCGUUUUUGCUUUUGCCGGCUGAGCAUGUGAGGAAGAGUUUGCGAUCAUUGGACACAUCCACGUUGUAGAUGCCCUCAGUGGACCCCUUGAGGGUCUUGACGCACUCCCCGCUCGUGCUGUCCCACACCCUGCAGGCAGGCAGACAGGCAGACAGCCCCACGGGGCAAGAGGGCAGGCACAGCACACAUGGAGACGGCAUGUCUGUGGGCAGGCAUGUAUGCCCACUUGAGUGAGUGGUCGUGGGAGCCCGUGAUGAAGCUCGUCUGGUCCAGCCAUCGCACCGAAUCAACGGCGUCCUCAUGACCCCGAUACACCUGCACACAACCGCAACAGCACUCCCAAGGGCCUUUGUGUUGACACCAACGAAGCCGCCUCCCCCCCGCCCGCCAGCUGAAGUGCCACUCCUUCCCUGGCUGACCUUUGUCGCCUCGACGAUGGGAGCGGCCAGUGCAUGGCCGGCGGAGCGGUCCUCGGUGAGCUCCAUGUAGUCGAUGGACGUCUGCUUGUUCCAUGAUAUCGGCUGCUUCUCAACCACACGCUCAACGCCCUCCUCCGACGCCAUCUCUUGCAGACUGGCUGG